CGGAGGAGCUGUACGUGUGGAAGGUGAUGCUCCAGGCAGUGAGGUGGGCGCCUCUGUGGACCCCAGCGGCGGCUACAGUUGCGUCCCAGUGACCCACAGUGGCGGGCUCGGCCCCGGCCACUUGGACAACCAGUUCUACGGUCACAUCUUGCUACCCGGCCACCCACGGCCACGCCGACCCAAGCUCCAGCACUCCCAGUCCAUCCUCCGCAAGCAGGCAGAGGAGGAGGCCAUCAAGCGCUCCCGCUCACUGUCAGAGAGCUAUGAACUCUCAUCAGACCUACAGGACAAGCAGGUGGAGAUGCUAGAGCGGAAAUAUGGUGGCCGUUUCAUAACCCGACAUGCAGCUCGCACCAUUCAGACAGCCUUCCGCCAGUACCAGAUGAACAAGAACUUUGAACGUCUUAGAAGUUCUAUGUCUGAGAACCGUAUGUCCAGACGGAUCGUCCUAUCCAAUAUGAGAAUGCAGUUUUCCUUCGAAGGACCUGAAAAAGUCCACAGCUCCUACUUCGAGGGAAAGCAGGUCUCACUAACAGAUGAUGGCACCAAAAUUGGCACACUGAUGCAGUCAGAGCAUGGUGAGGAGAUGGGGGUACAGGCUAAAACCCCCACAACGCAGAGUGACUUCACAGAUGCUAUCACAGAACUAGAAGAUGCCUUCUCCAGGCAGGUCAAAUCUCUAGCUGAGUCCAUAGAUGACGCUCUAAACUGUCGCAGCCUUCACGGUGACGAUAGCCAGUCAGAACCAGUUAGAGGGCACCAGGAUUUGGAUAGGCAGGUCAGCUGCCCAGUUAAACCCUCUCACAGUGCAGAACACCGAAAACUGGAUGAAAUGACGGCAUCUUACAGUGAUGUCACCCUUUACAUCGAUGAAGAGGAGCUGUCACCACCCCUGCCUCUGUCUCAGUCUGUAGACCGACCCUCCAGCACAGAAUCAGACUUGCGUCAGCGUUCCCUCAACUCCUCCCAGGACUACUGGUCUCUGGCCCAUAAGGAUGAGAAAGGGGAUACGGACACCAGCUGCCGCAGCACACCAUCCCUGGAGUGCCAAGAGCAGCGUCUGCGGGUAGACCACCUACCCUUACUGACCAUUGAGCCCCCCAGCGACAGCUCUGUGGAGCUGAGUGAUCGCUCUGACCGCAGCUCUUUGAAGAGACAAAAUGCCUACGACCGGACCCUCACCAACCAGCAGAGCAGCCCCAAACACAUCAGCCAUGGCCUGCCACCCCGAGGGCCUUCCAGAGAAGAUGACGGCACCCGCCAUCGGCCACGACAACUGGAGGCCCACCUGGCCAUCAAUGGCACUGCAAAUCGCCAGAGCAAGUCGGAGUCCGAUUUCUCUGAUGGUGACAACGACAGUAUCAACAGUACAUCGAACUCCAAUGACACCAUCAACUGCAGCUCCGAGUCCUCAUCCAGAGACAGCCUGAGGGAGCAUACGCUCAGCAAGCAGACGUACCACAAAGAGACUCGCAACAGCUGGGACUCGCCUGCAUUCAGCAAUGAUAUCAUCCGUAAAAGGCACUACCGCAUUGGACUAAACCUCUUUAACAAGAAACCAGAAAAAGGCAUCCAGUAUCUGAUUGAGCGAAACUUUGUUCCAGACACUCCUGUGGGUGUGGCCCACUUCCUGCUCCAGAGGAAGGGCUUGAGUAGACAGAUGAUUGGAGAAUUCCUGGGUAACAGACAGAAACAGUUCAACCGAGAUGUCCUUGACUGUGUGGUGGAUGAAAUGGACUUCUCAAGUAUGGAGCUGGAUGAAGCACUCAGGAAAUUCCAGGCCCACAUCAGAGUCCAGGGAGAGGCACAGAAAGUUGAGCGGCUGAUAGAGGCCUACAGCCAACGCUACUGCAUCUGCAACCCUGGUGUGGUACGCCAGUUCAGGAACCCAGACACCAUCUUCAUUCUGGCCUUUGCCAUCAUCCUUCUCAACACUGACAUGUACAGCCCCAACGUCAAGCCUGAGAGGAAGAUGAAGCUGGAGGACUUUGUUAAGAACCUUCGAGGAGUGGAUGAUGGGGAGGAUAUCCCCCGAGAGAUGCUGGUAGGGAUAUAUGAGCGGAUUCGAAAGCGGGAGCUCAAGACUAAUGAAGACCAUGUGUCCCAGGUUCAGAAAGUGGAGAAACUUAUUGUUGGUAAAAAGCCGAUUGGCUCUUUACACCAUGGUCUGGGCUGUGUACUAUCCCUUCCCCAUCGGCGGCUGGUCUGUUACUGCAGGCUUUUUGAAGUGCCUGACCCCAACAAACCACAAAAGUUGGGUCUGCACCAAAGGGAAAUCUUCCUCUUUAAUGACCUACUAGUGGUUACCAAAAUUUUCCAGAAGAAAAAGAACUCUGUGACGUACAGCUUUCGGCAGUCCUUCUCACUUUAUGGCAUGCAAGUGCUGCUCUUUGAGAAUCAGUAUUAUCCCAAUGGAGUUCGGCUGACCUCGGCCAUUCCUGGAGCUGACAUCAAAGUCCUCAUCAACUUCAAUGCUCCCAACCCUCAGGACCGCAAAAAGUUUACCGACGAUUUGCGUGAAUCUAUCGCUGAAGUCCAAGAGAUGGAGAAGUAUCGAAUAGAAUCUGAGCUAGAAAAACAGAAAGGGGUGGUGAGGCCCAGCAUGUCCCAGAGUUCUGGGUUAAAGAAGGAAACGGGCAACGGAAACCUGAACCGAGCGAGCCUCGACGACAGCUAUGCCAUCGGUGAAGGUUUAAAGAGGAGCGCCCUCAGCAGCUCCCUGCGUGACCUCUCAGACGCAGGCAAGCGUGGGAGACGCAGCAGUGCAGGAUCACUAGACAGCAAUAUGGAAGGGUCCAUCAUUAGCAGUCCUCACAUGCGGCGGAGAACUCCCUCAAGCCGAGACUGCCCAUCCCGUCACAGCGGCCAGUCUCUGCCCAACUCCUCCUCACUGCUGGGGUCUCUUUUUGGCACCAGGCGGUUGAAGUCUCCCAGCCCUACCCCUCAGACCCCGCACCCUACCCUCAUCUCCCACACCCCACACCCUUCCAACCUGCACCACACGGCCCGGGCGGAGACGGACACGCCCGGCGGCAUGCACCACGCCCAGUUCUGCCACAUGACCCAAAACCCCCCGCCUUACCACCACCACCACCACUACCACCCGCCUGCCCACUUGCAGCACCCACCGCACCAGUACCACCCGCCGCCCUCUCACGGGCAGCAGCCACCCUUCCCGCCUCACUCUCACACGCAGCACAGCCACGGGAGCCACCCGACCCACUCUGCGCACUCCUCCCACUCCGCGCACGGCUCCCACCACCACGGCCCGCCGUCGGCGCCCACCCAGGCCCCCAGCAGCACCAAGCCCAAGCACAGCGGCAUCAGUACAGUGGUGUGAGGCGCCUGUGAGCCUAUCCGGGCUCUCUUGACUGAACUUUGAUUUUACUCCGAGGCUCUCGGUUGAUGAGACGGUCGCACUGUGCAUCGCCGGUCUGCUUCUCCAGGAAAAUGUGAAGCCAGACGAGAUCCUGUGCCUCCUUCACAGUAUUUUCUCAAGAGGGCAGUUUAUUCAACACAGUUCUUUUUCCUGGUUGCUCAUUUCAGAUUAUAAUUCACGCCUCAGGAGCAACAGACGCAAGAGCAUGCACAAAGACCACACCUACUGUUUCUCCUCAGUCAAUUAAAGGAACAUGAUCAAAUAUCUCGCUUACUAGUACUUUACAGAAUAAGUAAAAUAGUAAUCUUGAUUUUAGUGUCUACAAAGUGAUUUAAACUAGUGUGAGGAUGGUUUGGCUGAACAGACGGACAGAUGAGACGAGACGGUCAGCCUCAGCAGUAGCCGUACGAAUAUUUAAUGUAGCGGUAGCUCACAGUGCACUGUGAUAUCUCUGUUAGCAGUGAUAAAUGUGCCAAUUAUCGAAGCAUUUACUAAUUUAGUCACAGAAAUUGCUUUAUGUAUAUUGUGCAUAUAGUAUUUUGUAAAAUAAUAUCAACUGUUAUAAUUAUAAUUAUUAUUACAGGACAAAAUGGCAUCAGUUAGAAAUCUCAGUAUUAUACUCGCACAUAGGUGGCGUAGUUUCACUGUUAAGAGACCAAUCAAAGCUUUUCAUUAGGCAAUGUAGUACGCUGGAAUACUAACGUAUAUGGUUGCCUUUGAGUUAGAACUCUGUUAAGAUUGCUGACGGCCCGCGUACACGUUCAUCCACCGCACUUGUCAGUUUUGCAGUUUGUUGUGUCUCCACAGCGACUUGCCGAGCAAACAUCUGAAUGUCUGCCCUUUCAGUACUAGCUGCUCGUCCGCCGUCAUUUUAUUUUUUUAAACUAUUUUUUCAGAGUCCAAGAAACAUUAUCAAAUGCUUUGUAUGUUGUGCUGCGACCUGGUAGGAUUCUACGAGCCCGACCCAUAGGAGGAGGAUGUUUUUUUGAUGAUGUUUGCGGAAGUGGAAGGAGUCAGUGUGAACUGUGCAGAAGGGAAAACAGCAACCAUGACUGUUUCAAGUGUCUCUCCUGACGUGGAAGCUCUCAGCUGGCUGAGUGUGCCCCCUGUCCCUCUUUUUGGUUUUGCGUCUCUUGAGCGUCGAGUGCUGUUUACUCUCUCUCUCUCUCUCUCUCCGUCGGACUUUUUUCUCCCUCAGAGCGACGUGGACGCUACAGACUAAAAAAAAAAAAAGUAAAAAAUCAAUAAUUAUCAUCCUGCAAUGGUGAUGACACUUAUGCUUCACUCACCACAAAGACACAGACAGUUUUAUAUCAAUCAUCAUUCUAGACAUAUUAUGGGAUGGCUGGUUAUACCUCCCGGCUAUCCUGUGCACAGUAUCUGUGGUGUGUGUGUGUGUGUGUGUGUGUGUGUGUGUGUGAAGAGUGGAGGCAAUGGGCUGGUGUGCUGGAGCAUAUUUUGUUGCGGGGGUGCAGCGAUAGACACAGCACUUGUUCUACAUAGCUGAUAUCAGUGGCAGAAACUAGUCUGUAUCUGCUUAAAGACUGAGAUGGAUUUUUUUUUUUUUUACUUGUAUGUGCAAUAUGUAUUUACUUUUUUGUCCAAGAGCAUUUGCAAUCUGGUGUUUAUUCUGUUUUGUUUAGUUCUGUUAGGUCUGUCUUUUUUUUUCUCCCCCUCCAACAUCCUCUGUCAUUUGUUCCUCAAUAUUUCAGUGAAGUGCAAGUAUCCACAUGGAUUUGGAGCGAUUGGACCUUCCACACUGAUAAAGAAUGUCAAAGAAUAAUAAUUGCAUGUAACAACGUAUUUUAAGGCUAUUUUCUAACUAUCCUUGUAUUCCCAAACUAUUACCAGUGUUACAGUUGACAGUUGUUGAAAAUGAAUGGUAGAAUAGCUUUGACUUCUUCAAUUACAGCUAACUGAAGUCACCCAUGUAUUUGUGUCACUCCAAAAGGAUGAAUCUGUAUCUUUCCUGAUCCACAUACAUAGUAGUUUAUCGGAUCUUAUGUGAAGCUGGAUGUUGAGAGGAAAGGUCUCGGCCAAUAGAAAAAUGGUGUGAUAGUGAAUAGACAGCAAUGAGAAUAACGAAUGGAACUCUUAUCUCCAUAUUAAUCAUGUAUCUGUCAAUGGCUCACACAUUACUGUUGUCAAGUUCAGUAGAUCAGUAUUCUUAAAUACGUCUUUCCCAAGGUUCCAGUUUUCAAAAGGUACCACUUUUUAAUAAAACACCUUUUAUAAAGAGUUGAUCAAUUAUAACUAAUAGCUUAAGUAAGGGUCACUAAAUAAUUAGCUUAUGCUUGAUGUAAAAAGCUACUAAUAUUGUUCCGAAAAUCUCCAGGGCAACAAAUGUUAGAGGAUUGGUUCUAAAUGUUAUGUAGUCUUUAAAGCGUAUUUCCAAUAAUCCAUCAAGUCUGCAGUUGUAAAGCUGGUGGCGAUAGCGCUCGAAGAAGCAUAUCAAUGUGCUUGUAAAGGCAGCAAAGAAGAAGAGUGCAACGCUGGCAAUACUGGUCGAUACUCGCUUGCUUUGGAAAUGUUCUAAUAGAAAAUGCCUUCAGUGUAUUUGACAUUUUGGUGAGGAACACAAGAAGUAAACACCACUUUUGUUUGUUUCCAAGAGAAAACUACACAGGGUAACUUUAAUUGAAAUUGAAACACUUCUAUGAAAUAAAAAUGUACCCUCUGGGAAAAAAGCAGCAUAGCAUAGGUACGGUUU